CUCGAGAAAGAGAUACCAUCCCAUUUCCACUCUCAGUAAGCCUAGAUUAAUCACCCUCCUAGUAAUCGGUGUCAUCUCCAUCACUUUCCUCAUUCUCUACUUUUCAAGAUCAUCCUCCAAUCCUUCCUUAUUAUGCUAUGACUCCUCCGACAUGCCCUUCACGAAAGCCAACGCCAUAAUCGCGGCGGAGUUUGAAAAAACGCCGAGCCCCCUCGUCGCCAUCCUCCACUAUGUUACCUCUCCGGUGACUCCCCAGCUCUCUCUAGCCGAAGCUCGAGGUCCUUACGACAUCUUACUCUCCAUCGCUCCUUGCAACUUCCUUGUAUUUGGCUCCGGCCAUGACUCUCUGAUGUGGAACUCAUUUAACCAUCGUGGCACCACUCUUUUCCUUGAGGAAGAUCCCAAGUGGGCUCGAUCUAUUAUACGUCGGUUCCCGGUUCUUGAUGUUCGAAUGAUGCGCUAUCGGACGUAUCUAUCGGAGGCCGACACUCUCCUUGGCUCUUACAAGGAGGAUUGUUGGGGUGCUAAUGUUACAAUAAGACUAAAAGGGAAUGAAGGGUGCAAGUUGGCUUUGAAUAGCAUGCCGGCAGAGGUGUAUGGGAAGGAUUGGGACAUUAUAUUGAUCGAUGGGCCGAGAGGGUAUGAGGCGUCGUUGCCGGGGAGGAUGGCGGUGAUAUACUCGGCGGCAGUGAUGGCACGUGGGAGGAAGAAGUUGGGGGUGACGCACGUGUUUGUGCAUGACGUGGAUAGGAAGGUGGAGAGAAUGUAUGCUAGAGAGUUUUUGUGUUUGAAAUAUAAGGUUAGUGAGGUUGGGAGACUUUGGCAUUUCGUCAUCCCUCCGGCCAUUAACUUUGACGAUCAUGGCUUUUGCUAA